AUGAAAAUAGAAACAAUUCUCAAGCCCGACAAAUAUGGAGCGGGACUCAAGGGCAUUUUCCGACAAGCUAUGCAUGAAAUGCCAUUGAUUACAAUAUGUUCUCCGUUCUGCAUUGUCGGCUUAGGGCUGAUUAUGUACCAUACUUAUAGAUACGAACAAAAUGAUGGAAACAAUAAGAAAUAUAAAUUCAAAUAUACCCUUUACCGACCAGAUGAUCCCAGAGUUCCACACAUCAAGAAUUGA